CAGCUCGGGCGAGUAAGUGACCGACCCGAUACUAGAUUGAUUCUAGACGUUGUAUCAUUACGACGAAUACUGCAAUAGAAAGGAUGAACUUGUCUUCUACUUGAAAGGAAUACGAUUCGCGUUAGCUUGGCUGUAGUAGCCCUUUAAUUUGAUACCUGUCGUCUUCUAUUCAUACCUCCAACUUAUCAGACAAAGACUGUGAGGCGACUUCGUUCUUUUUCCUCAAAGGUUGCCUUUAAACCUUUCCCUUGUUUUUUGAAGGACCUUGUUGGUUACAUUUUUUUUUGUUGUAGUGAGAUAUACCGGACAGCAAAGUGGAUUUAACAGGAGCGUCGCCGCCGUCCACCAUCCGUUCUCCAAGAUGCUAUUGGUGUCUCCGCGGCUAGUCGACACACCUCGCAUGGAGCCUGUACUGUCUGGAUCACUGAGGAGGAGGCUGACUGCGACCGAGGGGGCCCACCAGGGGGGCUUACGGCAGGGCCAAGGGCCCGGUAACGGUCCUGGUCUGGGAGUGAACGGUACCUCAGACGGUACCUCAAUGGCCCAGGGGCCAGGGGGGCCAGCCAAGCGACUCUGCCUUGAGGACGUGACCCUUGCCAUGGGUGCCACCUUCCAACAAAGCCCUUACUCUGGAGGGCCAAGUCCCGGAGGACAUGGAGGCCCAGGAAGCCAGGGAUCUCUGGAAAGCAACAGGCUGGGGAAUGGCAACAAUGGUCUGGGUUCACCUUACUCCAUCCCCCCUAAGGCGAGUCCAGGGGGAGGUGGUGGACAUUUUCACCCUAAUGGAAGCUCAUCGUCUGCCCCAUCGGUCGAGCAGGAGCUCCAGGACAUCCUGGACGAGUUGACCAAUAACCCGGAUCCUUCUCUGCAGGAGUUGGAUCUUGACAAGAUAUUGGGGAAUAAAGAGGAUCAGAAUCCAGGGCCGGGAUACAUCCACCCGCAUUCCCCUAAACGCUCCCCACAGAGACCCACCUCUCACCUGGAGAGCCACUUAACCCGCUCCCCAGGCUUUCCCCAGGCUGGUUCUCCCCAAGUAGGCCCGAGCCCAGCAGGAGCACCCUACUCCAUCCCCCAUCCCUCCAAACCCGUUCCCUCACCUCUCUCAGCUUCCCCGCACCAUUCCUCUUCGUCCCAGAACCAAGCUCGAUCUCCAAUGCUAUCCGCCGCCCUUUCCUCUCGACCAGUGUCUACAUGGCAUGCCCAACAGCUCCAGCAAAUGGCAUCCAACUCCAACAAACAUCUUUCCUCCAACACCCUUAUCUCACAGACCCAGAACCAACCCCAGAGCCAGGCCUCAAUGCCUCCCCUAACCCAGCAAGGCUCACCCUGGGGUGGCCAGAAACUCUCCAAUCUCCCCAGCUCCUCGCCGCUUCACCAACAACCAUUCAGCCCAGCAGGAAGCAUUCAAAGCCCCCAGGGUUCGAUGUCCAUCUCCAGCCUGGCCCCAGCUUCAUCCGCGGGGCCUUCCCCGCCCUACCGCCCCGAGAAGCUAGCUAGUCCAGUCCUGGCUCAACCCCCUUUUAGCCCUCCGAGCACCCUCCUACCUGGAGGGAGCACCAGCACUUCCAGCACUUUAUCCAACACCCAAGGGUCACAAGCCAACUACUUGCCCAGUGGAGGCGCGUCAACGUCGGGCACCACGAGGCCAUCGCCCCCCUACCGGACCGACAAGCCUCACCAAAGUCCGUCGCUCCAGUCACAGGCUCAGCAGGCCCAGAACCAACCCCAAACCCAACAACCCCAUCCGUACAACACCCCGAACGGGUCGGGACCCAAUAGCAACAUGUCCAGUCAGCUUUACAAAGCCAUGACGGCUGGUCAACCGAGCAGCCUCAAGCUACUCAUGCAGCAGCAGCAACAACAGCAACAGCAGCAGCAACAAUCAAACAGUCAGCAGCUCCAGACGAACGCCCAACUGGGUCAACACCCAUCCAUGUCCAAACCAGGCGCCGGUGGAGUCCCACAUCAAGAACCUCCAUAUUCUUUCACCAACACCAAGCCCCUUCGCCAUUUUGACCUGGACCCUCAAGGGCAGCAACAGAAAAUGGCGGGUGGGGGCGGACCCACUUUGGGCCCGGGACAGGUCGGCCCCCCGAACCCAAUGGCUGGCUAUAGGGGAAUGCAGCAUGGCGGCACAGCCGGAGUAUCCUCGGUCACGGCGAACCACGCCCAUAUACUGCAACAGAGGAUGCAACAGAGAGCGGCAAUGCAACAGGCGGCAGCAGCAGGCAUGGGGCAGCAACACUGUAGAGAGGAGCAGAGCCCGGGCAUGGUCCCCCACCUCCAGGACCCUCCCGUGCCUCGUCCAGCCCAGACCACCACCAACUACAACCAGCUGUUGAAGAGCCAGCUCAUCAGGAAACACCUCCAGCAGCAGGUUCUCCAGGAGCAGAAGAGACAGAUGGAGCAGAUGAAUGGGGGCCAGAUGACUGAAUGCCAACAGGGGGCGCCAUUUACAGACUGUGGCGGCGGUGGAGGGUACACCAUGGGGGGCCCCCAGCUAUCCCACGGAGGUCCCCUGCCACCCGGGCCAGGCCGCCUCUCACUCCCCCCCGGACACCCCUGCCACCCGAGUCACGCCGGACCCCCGGGGUCUUUCUCCCAAGUGGGCCGUCCAGUAGCAGCCUUCAUGGGGGGGCCUCAAGGCUCCAAGCAGCCCCUCUAUCACCCCUCCCAGGUGGGCGAGUUUGUUGGUGCUGGUGGUAUGCCAAUGAGACAACCUCAGUUGCCGCACAGCAUGAUGGGAAUGGACGGUCCGGCGGGUCCUCCAAGGCCCGGGAUGCAGCAGCAGGUGUCCAGGACGGGGAUGGCGAUCGGGGCUUCGGGCCUCCGGUCGGGGCUACCCCCGGGUCACCCACAGCACCCUCAGCAUCUACGCCAGGCUCUGAACCACGGCGGCAGUGGAGCGCCGCUCCCGAGGAUGAUGUUUACUGCCCAGCAAGCGCAUCAGCAACAACAACAACAACAGCAGCAGCAGCAGCAACAACAACAGACUGCGAUGUGGCCUCAGCAACAGCAGAUGUCACUGGUGAGCGCCAUGCAGCAGCGAAUGCCCUGCGGUGACACCCACAUGGACCAGUCGGCCAAUCACCAGCAGCCGCACGGACACAUUUUUCCCGCAGGGGUUGGGCCUUCGAACGGAAGCUGCGGCCCAAACCCUAACAGCCAGUUUACCCAGCAGUCAUUGCGGUCGGGGAUGCCCGGAGGUGGCGGUGGUGGUAACAAUUUCAGCUCCCACCAAGGACCUCCAUCGUUACCCUCCAGCCAGGGGAUCGGUGUGCCUUCGUUACCCAGCAGACUCAUGCAGAAGCUGGGCGUCUCCGCAGCCGGCCAGCCCCUGCCCUCCAUGGUCCACCAGGGGCUCCAGCCCGGUAUGCGACCCAGAGGACCCCUCUCAGCCCUGGCCGGGAUGAAGCCCCUUCCUCUCGGUAUGAUCCACCACCCAGCUCACCCAGGGCAUGGCAUGGCCCCGCCUAGCUACCCCGCCUCUGGGGCCGCUGUUGCCAAACACCCCCAUCCCCACCAACAUCAACACCCCCAUGGGUCUGGGUACGGACCAGGACAGGGGAACCCUGGACACAAGCUGCCUCCGUACGAGUACCCUCAGCAGGGGCAGAGCAACGGGGGUAUGGGGGGUAGGCCUGGAGGUGGAGGCGAGGAGGCUGACUUCAUCGACAGCCUGGUGGGCUCCAAUGAAGACUGGCUGAACAACCUGACUAUGAUUGACGAGUAUCUUGAGCAGAACUCAUAGUGGGAGGGGUGCCAUGUCGAAGGUUGUAGUUCAGGGUUCAGCGUUGACUUUUCACCUAUAUGAAACUGAUGUGGUUUGGCGGUGUGACAGGGACAUGGAGCUAUUACAAGCUUAUGAAUGGUUAUAACAGGGUGUGUGUACCAUUCUAGAAGGUUCUAGAAGGUUAUACCUGGAUUUACAGUUUGCGUGAAUGCGAUUGGCUGUUUCAGAGUAACAGGAGCGUUAUAAAGCCGACCAAACCUUCAACAUCUCCCAACAUACCCAAAAUGGCCACAUUCACCACAAGGUGUGCUUUCCAAUAUCGCCGGAGGCCAUAUUGGAAAGAAGGUGUGGCUAAAAUGGAACUCACAGAACACACAGAACCUCAUGAUUCGAUGGUUGUCUGGGAAACAGAAGCUUCACUCCAAAGAGCUAGCAUAGGAGUCCAAGCAUUCUUAUUGGUUGUUUGUGUACUGCAGUUAGGACAGCGGACUAAUAAAGUGGGUUAAAAUUCUCUCCCCAUAGGGAUAUCUCCUAUAAAAGGGUUAUGUCUAUAAAAUCCUCUUUGAUUGGAUGAAAUCAAUGACCUUCAGCAAUGCAAUUGGUCCACUGUUUUUCACUGUGUCUGUACUAAUUUUGGUUGAAUUUUCAACACCAAUCUUUUUUGGUUUACUUUUGUAUCAAAGUACAGUAUGUGGGUGUGAUUUGGAAGCAUCACUCAAAAACAUUCAAAUUCCAGAUUAAUCUAUAUACGAUUGGACCCUGGACACACACAAUGCAUUUGAGCCAAUCAGAAGUCAAUAUACAGGGAAAUACAGGCCAAAUCAGUUUGGGGUAAUUUCUAUCACUGAUUGGCCAAAAGGAACUUGAAAGGUUCUCUACCAUGAAAGUUUGUUAUCAAUACUUCAUGAUCUGGACUGUGGGGGUUUGUAUAUAGUAAACUAUUUUGUAAAAUAUGUUUUUGUUAAACUGUAUCAUACACAAAAGAGAAGUACACAUAUUUAUACUUCUUUUCUUCAGAAUAAAAGUCUUCAGAUUC